AUAUAAAUACAUACCCUUCAUCAUCAUCGUAGUCAAUUCAAUUCAAUUCAAUCCAAUCAUCGUUCUCUCUUUCUUCAAACCAUAAAAAACAGAGCAACAACAAGUGAGAAACAAACUUGCAGAGGAUCAUGGUGAUGUCGGCGGAGGAGGAUCAUCAUAGUCCAGAUUGUGAUAACACAUGCCUCUCAGACGAAUACAUGAGACUAGAGCCUAACGAGGUAACAUUCAUAGACCUAUUCAAGUUCUUGUUCCUAAAAGACAAUAAAAAGUGGGAAUUUAUCAAGACCGAAUCACUUAAGAAAGACAAGAUCAACCCUUUUGAUUAUCCCAAUGAGGAGCCUAAAUUCAUAGACCAUAAAGAAAAUAAUAAAAAGAAGCAAUCGUCCAAACCUUUUGAGUAUCGCUGGAUAGUCUUCGUCUGUAUUUUCAUACAGAAGUUGUUACUAUUUGAUUCCAAACCUUUUAAGUAUCGCUGGAUAGUCUUCGUCUGUAUUUUCAUACAGAAGUUGUUACAAUUUGUUUCCAAACCUUUGUCAUGGGCUGGCUCUAAGUUUGAGAUGUGGCUCAAUAUCUGUUCUCGUAACGGAAACAUUUCUGGUCUUUUACUUAAACUGCUUCGAUGGGAGAUCAUCGAAAUCCCCGAAACGGAUAGCGAAAACUAUUUUUCCUUUAUUGGAUGCCUCGACAAGCGAAUGGAAUUACCUAACCAUAUCAAACAUGGUGACCCUACAUAUUACUCUUCAAUUGCUGUCAUGGCCUCCAAAUUAUCCUACGAGAAUCAAUCCCACGUCAAAAAAAUCGUCACCGAUUUUUGGAAGAUGGAAUUUAAGGGCUUCUACGACUUUUGGAAUGAUUACCAAGACAAACCAACUACCCAAGCAUUUAUCUUCAUAAAUAAGAACGUGGAGCCGGAAUUAACUGUGGUGGCUUUCCGCGGAACUGAAACCUUUGAUGCAGAUGCUUGGUGCACUGACCUUGAUCUCUCGUGGUUUGAUCUCGAAAAGAUAAUGGGAAAAGGAACGGGAAAAGCCCAUUGUGGCUUCAUGAAAGCCUUAGGCGCCAAGAAAGGCCAAGGAUGGCCAGAAAACAUCGAAGAAGAAAAAGGAGAAGUACUGAAAAAGCUUGCUUACUAUGAAAUCAGGAAGAUCCUUAAAGAGGUUUUUAGGGAGAACGAUAAAGGAAGGUUCAUAGUAACUGGACACAGUCUUGGAGGCGCAUUAGCCGUGCUCUUUCCUGCAAUACUAUCCCAUCAUAACGAAAAAGAUUUAUUGAAGAGAAUGGAAGGAGUUUACACAUUUGGGCAGCCGAGGGUAGGGGACGAGGAAUUUGGUAAUUUCAUGACAAAAAUGUUCAGGGAACAUGAAAUUGGAUAUCAUAGGUUUGUUUACGGAAACGACAUAGUGCCUAGGUUGCCUUACGACGACACUACACUUAUGUUUAAGCAUUUCGGUUCUUGUAUACUUUUUGAUUCGUCGUACAUUGGUGAUGUGGUGGAUGAUGAACCAAACAAGAAUUACUUCUCUAGAAAAUGGUUUUGGAAAAAGAUUAAGAUUGCUUGUAAGGAGCUGAAGAGGAGUUUCACUAUUGCCCGCGAAAAAAGCGAUGAUUAUAAGGAAGGAUGGAUGUUGAUGUUCAUUAGAAUGGUUGGACUGGUUUGUCCAGGCUUCUCGGCUCAUUCUCUUCGAGAUUACGAUAACUCGGUCCGCUUAGGGUUGGAUGAUGUUUUUUCCCGUCAUAAACAUAAGCUUUGUCAUUAUAACUAGGUUAAGUCAUUAUUAUCUGCUAUUGUUUAGAGAUGGUAAGAAUUAUUGUGUUGUUGUUAUUGUUAUUGUAGCAUCACCAAUGUGAAUAAUGGUUAGUUGAUAAAGCCUAAGGUUUUAACUACUAUCAUUUACACAAAAGUGUGAUCUUCAUAAUGAAAAUUUCAUGUUAUCA